UAAUAAUGGUAACAUUACAUUUCAAUGCCUGCUAUGCAUUCCGAAAAUAAAAAUGAUCUCUACCUCAACAACUUCUAAUUCUAAUUUAAGAAGCCAUAUUAAAGUAAGUAGGCAUAUUAUUUAUUAGUUAAUAAUUUACCUUCUAAAAAGUAAAGUACAUAUUCUUAAUAGAUAAAAAUCAAAAAUUCUUUAUUAUUUAACAAUUGCAGCAUAUUCAUCCUAGUCAAUUGUCUGAAUUUAAUAUGUGUGAAAAAAAAGGCCUAAUAUUGAUAAUAACCUUGUAACAAGCAAACAGUUAAAACUAGAUGAAGUCGGAAAAAUUACAAAAAAACUAAGCCAAACAGAAUUUGACAAAGCCAAUAUUGAAUUAAUUGUGAGCACAGUAUCACCCUUUUCUUUAAUAGAGCAUCCAGCGUUCAUUAAAUAUUGUAAGCUGACAUCCAACAAAAUUCCAGCAUCCCGAAGAAAUUUUAUGCGAGAAAUUAUAACCGAAUAUAAUGAUAUGAUUGUAUUUUUGAAAGAAGAACUGUCCAAAAUUAAUUAUGUGUGCAUCACUGCAGAUUGUUGGUCCAUAUUUCGCAAGUCUUACAUGGGGUUCACAGUACACUGGUUGAACCCAACAACAUUAGAGCGUGUAUCAAAAGGACUUGCAUGUAGGAGAAUGUAUGGAAAACACACUUAUGACAAUUUAGCUGAAAUGAUUGACAAAGUAUUAUCAGAGUUCAAUAUUCAGAAUAAGACAACUCUCAUUGUGACUGAUAAUGCAGCAAACUUUGUCAAAGCUUUCAGAGUCUACAAUAGAAAAGAAUUGGAUGAAAAUGCUGCCAUACAACCUUUCACUAAUAGUAAUAAUCAUAAUAAAAAUCAAGACGAAGAAGAAGAAAUAGAAGAUGAUGAAGAAGAAGACAUAUUGAGACCAAUUAAUAUAUCAAAUGUACUUGAAAAUGGAGUGGGUGAUUUGUUUAAUAUGACAUUACCUCAGCAUCAGAGAUGUGCUGCGCAUAGCUUGAAUCUAAUUGCAACUACAGACAUACAAGAUGCUGAAAAAGAUAAUGUCUACAAAAUAUUAAGCAGACGUGUGUUUGGAAAAUGCCAAGCUUUGUUUAAUAAACAGAACCAAUCAUCACAAUGUGCUGAUCAGAUAAAAAAUGUAAUAGGCAAAUAUUUAAUUACUCCAAAUGCUACUAGAUGGAAUUCAUAUUAUGACGCUAUUAAAUGUAUUGUAGAUAAUUUGAACAAAAUAGAUGAAGUAUUUUCUAUAACAUCCUUGUCAUCAUUAUCUAGACCACGUGAGACUACAUUUCUAAUUGAGUAUUGCAAGGUUAUGCAGCCAAUCGCAAAGGGUUUAGACAUAUUACAAGGAGACAAUCAUGUGUGUCUUGGGUAUUUACUCCCAACAUUGACUGCCAUUAAUAAAUCAUUAAAAAGUAUGACUAAUUUAAAUUACUGUAUGCCGCUAGUAAAUGCUUUGAAUAAAGGAAUAGAAAAAAGGUUUCAAAGGUACAUGAUUUCUAGUCAAUGUCAGAUAUCAUCUGCUUUAGUUCCUAAGUUUAAGUUAAACUGGGCUAGCUUAGAAAAAAAAACCAGAAUUAAAGAAAAGUUGGUUGAAGCUUUAAGAGCUAGUUGUGAAGAUACAGAUAGCAUAAGUUUCUCUUCGCAAUCUUUGAGUCAAAAUGAUUUGUCACAUCUAAAUGCAACUGACACAGAGGAUGAUGAUUUUUUGCAUUUUGAAGAUGACCUGCCUGAAUCUCAGGAUAUUAAUGAUUCACAAAAAAUAGUGUCUGAUUAUUUAUUAAACCCUAAUAUAAAAUCUCCAAAUGAUUUUCCAGCAUCAUUAAGAUCACUAUACAUUGAGUACAAUACUGCAGUACCGUCAUCGGCUCACGUUGAACGUCUAUUUAGUGCGGGUGGACAGCUUUAUAGUAGGAGAAGGGGUUCUAUGUCUGAUAAAAACUUUGAAAUGGCAUUAUUGUUAAAGUUUAAUAAAUAUUUUAUUGAAUAAUGAUAAUUAUUAAUUAACAUAAUAAAUUUAUUUGUAU